AUGUCUCCUUUCUUCUGCCUCAUCCUAGGUCUUUUCAUGUUAGGUUCUUCAGCCUUGAAGAAGACAACACAGCUUGAGGAGGCAUCCUUGCUUCAGUUUAUGGGCCUGAGCAAGGUACCCUCACCCCGGAUAGCCCAACCUGUGCCCUCCAUCCUGAUGAAGAUCUUCCAGGAGAGACAGAAGGCUGUGGCCACAGGGCACUUCCAAAAGCUUUGCUAUGUGAAGGAGUUUGGGGUUCCUGGGAACUUGAUCCGUCUUUUCCAAGACCAAGGUACCCUUUCUAACCCCGAAGAAGUGGCCCAAGCUCCACCAUGCACAAGGAAAUUUCUUCUCUUCAACAUUUCAGUCAUAGCCCAAGAUGAGCAGCUAAUGAUGGCCCAGCUUGAACUGAGGUUGAGGCUUAAUGGUUAUGAUGCCCUGAAACAGGACCUGGAGUUAAUGCUGUCUCUAGUCCAAGGACCUUCCCCUCAGUCAGAGCAAAAGCUCCUAUUACGGUAUCUUCCCUGGUCUCAAGGUGUUCUUCAUGUUGACCUGCUGGAUGUGGUUAAGGAAUGGAACUCCAAUCCCCAGAGUAACCUGGGAUUGGUCCUAGAAUUAUUGCCAAAAGGGCAUAGGAACUCUACGGUGACAACCCACCCUCCAGAUAUUUGUGACAAUUGGAGACAGUCCAUUCAGGCCUCUCUGAUGGUGGUGACCCUGACCCCUGAGGAAUGCCCCCACUUUCCUCACUUUCCCAGAAAGAGGAGGGCUACUUUUCCAACUCUGGAAUCCACCACUAACCACCUCUGCCAGCGUCAUCAUAUGGUCAUCAACUUUGAAAAACUGGGUUGGCACAAGUGGAUCAUUGCUCCCAAGGAGUUUAGGACCAACUACUGCAAAGGAGAUUGUCCUUUCUCACUUAUGGCCUUCUUUAACAGCUCCAACUAUGCCUUCUUCCAGACCCUCAUGAAUUCUAAAACCCCUGAAAUCCCCAAAGCUGCCUGUAUCCCCACAAAACUAUCCCCCAUUUCCAUGCUUUAUUAUGACAAUGAUGGGAAUAUCAUCCUUCAACACCAUGAGGGCAUGGUGGUGGAUGAAUGUGGUUGUGGCUAG